AGCGGGCCUCACUCGGACACUGUCGCCAUGCCCAAGAGAGGAAAGCGGCUCAAGUUCCGGGCCCACGAUGCCUGCUCGGGCCAAGUGACCGUGGCGGAUUAUGCCAACUCGGAUCCGACGGUGGUGAGGUCUGGACGGGUCAAGAAAGCCGUGGCCAACGCUGUCCAGCAGGAAGUAAAAUCUCUUUGUGGCUUGGAAGCCUCCCAGGUUCCUGCAGAGGAGGCUCUUUCUGGGGUGGGUGAGCCGUGUGGCGUCAUGGACAGCAGUAAUGAGAUGGAUGCUCAGGAGGAAAGCACUCAUGAAAGAUCAGUCUCCAGAAAAAAGAAAAGCAAAAGACACAAAGAGGAUCUGGAUGGGGCAGGAGAAGAGUAUCCUAUGGAUAUUUGGCUGUUGCUGGCGUCCCAUAUCCAUCCUGAGGACAUUGUGAACUUUGCCCUGAUUUGUAAGAAUGCUUGGACUGUCACUUGCACUGCUGCCUUUUGGACCAGGUUGUACCGAAGGCACUACACGCUGGAUGCUUCUCUGCCUUUGCGGCUUCCACCAGAGUCCAUGGAGAAGCUGCGGUGUCUCCGGGCAUGUGUGAUCCGAUCUCUAUACCAUAUGUACGAACCAUUUGCUGCUCAAAUCUCCAAGAAUCCAGCCAUUCCAGAAAGCACUCCCAGCACACUAAAGAAUUCCAAAUGCUUACUUUUCUGGUGCAGAAAGAUUGUUGGGAACAGACAAGAACCAAUAUGGGAGUUCAACUUCAAGUUCAAAAAACAGCCUCCUAGAUUAAAGAGCAAGUGUAUGGAGCGGUUGCAGCCCCCCAUUCAGUAUGAGGAUGUCCACACCAACCCUGACCAGGACUGCUGCCUCUUGCAAGUCACCACCCUCAAAUUCAUCUUUGUCCCUAUUGUCAUGGGGAUGAUAUUCACCUUGUUUACUAUUAAUAUGAGUACGGACAUGCGGCAUCAUCGAUUGAGAUUGGUGUUUCAAGAUUCUCCUGUCCGUGGUGGUCAGAAUCUGCGCAGUGAACAGGGUGUGCAAGUCGUCCUGGACCCAGUGCACAGUGUUCGACUCUUUGACUGGUGGCAUCCCCAGUACCCAUUCUCCCUGAGGGUGUAG